CAGUAAUCAGUUGAUUAGUUUUAAGGAUUAGCUUUGUAAAGAAAAUCAAGUUUUAGCCCGCACAUGCAAAGCUAUGAAAUCUAGUAUUUUUUGAACACGUGCAGGUUUACGCACGAUUUGUGAACUGAAAAUAAGAUUUCUGCCUUGCGCUUUGUGGUGGUGUUCAUUUUAUGUUUAGGAAGAAAUAAUUUUUAAAAUUCUACCAAAGAGCGCCCUCAUGCAAGACGAGGUACCAAUAUCUUCUACCAUAAUCAUGUGAGCAAAUUGAUCGCCGUUUCGAAACCAACUUGAAGUUCUAACCACAUUUCUACACGGUGAAUAUUACAAAUAUCCGCGAUGGAACUGCUCCCACUGAAGUUGUUGUUCAUGGGUGUGAUAUUCACGUGCACGACCCUGGUGGGGAUAUCGCCCAUCCUUCUGCGUGGGGCAUUUGGGGAGCGUUGGGGCCGGGCUGUCCCUCCCCACCAGCAGCAUCGACUGCUGUCCUUGGCUGCGUGCUACAGCGCCGGUGUCUUCCUGUGCGUCUGCUUCAUGGGACUCUUGCCGGCAGCUGAUCAAAAAUUCCACGUCAUCAUGCAGAGGAUGUUGGAGGGCGAUGCCAGUAUGGAACGCUUCACCGAAUUCCCGUGGGGCUUCUUUGUCGUCCUGUGCGGAUUUCUCAUCAUCUUCACAAUAGAUAAACUUGCUCACGCCAUCGAAAUGAGCAGAACGGACACCACCCGCCAUGCAGCAGACGACAGAUCCCGGAUCAGAGACUCUCCCGAAACGACUGAUAUUACCCUAGUCUCCAUAAAAGAUACCUCAGCGCCCAUCUGUCCAAGUGGAGAAGCAGGGCGGCCGCCCACUUCAGAGGAAUAUUUUGCAUUACAAGAGAGGAAUUUAACUCCACUGAGGGGAUCAAAGUAUACUCCAGAAUUGCAAAUGACAAAUAGUAAAGAACAUUCCGUGGAAAUGCAACUGCGAGUUGAUCGAGCGUCGAACGCUGCGCUGCGCAAAGAAAGGACAAGAGGCCUCGAGGAUAGUGGGCUAACCUUGGCUCAUAAUCACGGUCAUGGCGUGCCGUCGUCCCUGAUUUUCCUGCUUGCGUUGGGUCUCCACUCUCUGUUCGAGGGCGCCGCCAUCGGCCUUCAGACGCAGCAGGAGAAGGUCCUCGAGUUUGGCAUCGCAGUGCUGGUGCACGAGCUCGUCAUGGCGCUCACCUUCGGCCUAGAGGUGAGCCGCAGUCGUCGCCUGUCGCCCCUCUGGCAGGGGCUGUACGUGUGCCUCUUCACGGCCAGCAUCCCGCUGGGUAUCGCGCUGGGGGCGGGGCUUCUACACACCACACAAUCGGAGACCCGCGAGGUGGUCGCCGCCGUGCUCGAGGCUGUCGCCACAGGCAUCUUCUUACACGUGAUAUUCAUAGAGAUCCUAGCCAAGGAAUUCCCAGACCAUCAUUCCCCUUGCCACCACUUGCCUCACACCAACAACAACACCAAGCAACCACCCGCCAACUACAGCACCAUCAACGGCGCUUGCGGUAAACGUGACCGCGCCUAUAAGGGAGCAUCCGACUCCGAGGAUGAGAACUCCUUCGGCGCAGCGCUGGAAGAGAAGCAUAUCCUUCGGGAACCGUUACCGGGGAAGCGGCCGUCGCAAGUGUGCGUGAUUGUAGAAAAAAUAGUGAGCAUUUGUGCCGGGCUUCUCACGCUUAUUCUCAUGAACGUCUUCCUGCAUUCUCACCAUUGAUGUUUGAUUGAUUGGCGAGGGUGGGAUACUAUAAAGGAAAGCUCAAUAUCGAUAUUCGAGUUCUGCAUACAUUAUCUACAAGAUAAAUGCUGUUGCUUAUUAAAAUGUGACUAGAAA